AUAAAUAAUCAUAAAAAACAUACAGCAGAGGCAGUAGCAGCAGAUUGAUCCUGGACACUUUUCAUCCACCACUGCCAUCACUUUGUGAAAUACCUCACUUCACCAUUGUAUUUGUCAUAUUUACCUAGGAAUCUGAUGACUAGUUAAUAAUGGACUCAGACAGUGGGAGAGUGCAUUACAUAAUUUUGGACAUCAUGUAGUUGAGGUCAUUAUCACAAUAUAGUCUCUCUUCACUUUCCAAAAUUACUUUUCUCCUUGUGUCUUGGGAAAAAAGGAGAAACAAGGAAACAGUGUAAUAAGAAGAUCCGAUAUAUAUAUAUAUACGAGCAAAAGACAGGAACACAUAGAAACGAGGCGCACCAGGGGCAGAGAAUAAGAGUAGUCUGAGCUUGAUACCACAAAGAUAGCUCAAAUGAACAGACAUACCUCACAUUCCUCACCUUCAUCAGAGCUUGAUAAUGCUUUUAAAAAGUGCUUAAUUUGUCAGAGCUGUUGUCCACAUACAUGAAAGCCUGAUUAAGGAAAAAUGUUUCCAAUAAUUGUUGUGAUUACGAUGUGUUUCAGAAUGAUUUGUCUCAUUCACAUGUUGCUUUGAGACUAAACAUGACUGCUCGUGUUGCUGCCAAUAAACAGACCUUAAAAUGUCGUAAUUAUGAGAGUGUUACUUAAGUAGCUCCCUCCCAGUUCCUAAGCAGCAGCACAGAUCCUAUCCAAUACGCCAGCAGACUUUCACUGUUUUACAUCUAAAUGUUUGGCAGCAGUUACGCUUGACAAGUUUAGAGACAUCCAGAUAGGGUGUUAUGCCGUAAACACUAUAUUUAGGUUUCUGCAGAGUGGCAGUAGUUGAGAUAUUUUCAUGAUACACACUCCUGGUUGUCAUGAUGUGUCGUGACACAAACAUGCAGUUGUCGUUUCUGGCAUGUUCAUUACAUAUUCUUCUGAUCUGCUUUGACAGUGUAUAUCUGUUUUAAAAGAGUGCAUAUUUUGUUUCAUCUCUGUCUUCUACAGUCAGCUCCAGUCUCUGAGAGACAGUCCUUCAGACAAGUUAUUACUGCUUCUAAAAUAAUAUGAAUCACAGCUUGUCAGGACAGGUGGGUUUGAUAAACUUGAUAAACAGUGAAUAGUUUAGGGAUCUGUGUUGUGAUUUUGGACUUAUACUACUUUUCAUAUUUCAUUAUCAGAAAGAGUACUAACUGUACAUUUGGUGUUUUUUUGCCUCUUCUAUUUUUACUAUCUUACUUGAGACGUAGGGAAGUCUGAGGUGCGUCUAUUUGUCCGCCUCUACUUAGACUUUUCCUGUUUAGCAGCCUUGUUGAAAACAAUCUAAAAUGAUUCAACGGGGGAAUUACAUAACUGUUUGCCCUUCGGAGGGCCUCUUACUGGACAUGUCAGACUGACCAGAUUAUGGCUGAUGGAUAAGUGAGGGAAGUGAACCAUUUGGGCUGAUCACUGUUACCAGUAAUGAAGUUCUGUUUCUGUGACCAUAAUAGGCCAAGUGAUUCCCCACAAUUAAGCCAAUUUUGCUCCAAUUAGACAAAUGUUUGACUCAAUAUUACAUCAGUCUGAAAGGAGCAUGAACUGCAAAAACUGCCACAUUAUAUGAGAACAGUUUAGUUUCAAAUGGAGUAAUGAUUGAGUGUACAGUUUGUGUUUUUACACACAGGAUUAUGCAGCACAGCCUCUGUACAUUGUAUAGUACUUAGACUGAAUAUGGCAAUUACUUUAGGGUGGAGAGAUAUUUGCUAAUGGGAAAUCAUACUGGGCAUGUCUGAAGAUUGAGACUGAAUAACAACCAAAGCCACUGUAAUUGUUUACUCCUUCUGUUUAAUAAAGCAAUUUUCCAUAUGCUAAGAUGUUUAUUCUUGAAUACAGAAUGCGACUUAUUUCUAUUACUAGUAGGGACCUAUUACCCCCAUAACAUUUCUUGUAUUUUGUAUGUAUUGCACUGUUUUGACAUUACUCUUUGCAAUAGUUAUAAUAGUGAUGAGAGUGAUAUGUUUGAUAUCAAGUCCAUCAGUUUGUGAAUUCACUUGUGGUCCUUCCCCUUUAAUGCAGAUUACAUAUGCAAUAUUUUUAUAACCAGCAGAGCAGCUCUGUAAAGUACACAUUAUCACUGGUCAUGGUCUUCUCAUAAUGUAAAAGCUGUAUUCCCUGGAGUGUUCAUCUGUUGCAGUCCGACUAAAUGAGUCAAGUGUAGUUACUGAAAAACACAACACCCAUAAAUGAUGACACAAAGGUACAACAGCUCUUUUUUGCAAAGUGGUUUAUUGACAAAAUUAAAACACAGUCACUGCUGCGGGAAAGAGGGCGGGAUCAUACAUGAAUAAGCUGUAGACUGUUAGAGUGCACAAAACUAAAAAUAUUUCCUGUAUGACUAAAUGACUUACGUCACUGCUACAGGAACAGCGAGACAGUGCUGUUUGGGUAUAAAGGCCUCAGAAAUGUGUGUUUACCAAACACUGUCUGCAACCAGUGAUGGCUUCUCCAUCAUAGAGUGUUACGUAAUGAAGGUCAAGUGGCUGUCGCUUGAUGGACAGACAGAGUUCUGAUAGGAUUACACUAAGAGAGAUGAGAGGCAGCAGAGGAAGGGGGAUUGGAGGAUGUGUUUUAUAGUCCAUAUGGCUGAAGACAUGCAUCUUUUUUAUAUGUAAGUGUUGUUAGGAUUAAAAUAAAUCAGAGAUGUCAAAGGCUCAGAAAAGGCAACUGGACACUUUAAAUUUCAUUUUUAUUUUACUUGUUGUAUGGUAAGAAUAAUGUGAUGGCACUAUUAGAAGACAACUAGUCAAUUCUACUAUUUGACUUCAUUCAGGAUUAUGGGCUGAUCAUGCUGUUUUGAAGUGUUUUAUAUCACUUUUCUCUCAACCUUUCUGUUUUCUGUUCACAUCACGAUUUUGAGAUAAUAUUGUAUAUGUAAUAUAUUGUGUAUGUAUGUAUAUCAUAAUAUGUAGAUAUUGCCUAGCACUACUGUUGGUCAUACUGAACAGUAUGCUGAUGUCAUAUAGAGCUCUGGAGACCACUGUGUAUCAUUUGACCCUUUUUUCAUUAAACAUUGAAUCAUUUUACUGAAAAAAUGAUGGCCAAAUUAAUUAAUCAUUAGUUGCAGCCUUAAAAAGAAAGAAAAUCAUUUUAAAAAACCAAAGAACUUUGCAAUAUUUAACCUUUUUCUGCCACAAUUGUUUAACGUUGCUUUUGUAAAGAAGUAAACAACAGUCAGCCCCCUGCACCUGUGUAGAUGCCCCUGUGUGUUCAGUUAAUCCCAGCUGCUUACUGAUCACUUUAGUGUCUUCUUUCCUCUGGUCUCCCAGACAUUGUAAUGUGUCAUACUUCCCGCGUUCUCCAUCUCCUCUGUCAGUGGUGCCGGCCUGUCAGAUGCUCCUAGUCAUGCUGAAAGACGCACAAGCCCAACACUGUCAUCGUUAUCAGGCCCUGCAUGCAGACAAACAGUAGUUAUUAUUAACUGCGCUGUGCUAAGAGGAUUGCUUCCUGCACUCUCAGCCUCCGUGCAGUUAUUUAAAGGGAGCUUGCAUUGCCGCCCACUGCCUGCCACAGCUUUACAGAGAGAGAGAGAGAGAGAGAGAGAGAGAGAGAGGAAGAGAGAGAUAGAGAGAGAUGUUGGAGGUAGCAGAGGCAGGGGAGGGAGAGACAGAGGGCUGUUAGCCAAGGACAGGACACAAGAGACGGGGUAGAGCUGUGCUCGUGUGUUUUCUCAGGGUCUCGUCAGCGCAACGGCAUUGUGUGCGUCACAGAGAGGUGACAGCAGGCGCUACCUGCUGGUCCCAGCUCAGCUGCUGCUGCUGCUGCUGCUGUUGCUGCUGCUGCUACUGGAGGGAAACCACAACUAGAGGGGGGACACUCAACAGGAAGCUGCAGCCAUGGCCAGCCAGCAGGACUCAGGCUUCUUUGAAAUCAGCAUCAAAUCCCUGCUGAAAUCAUGGAGCGGCACUUCGCCCGUGGGGAACGGAUACAGUAAACCCCCCAUCCCUCCAGUCUGCUGUCCUCAGGGAGAGAAGGGUCCUCCAGCCAUGAUGCCCAUCAGCAUCGACCCGGAGAGCAAGCCGGGCGAGUACGUCCUCAAGAGCCUAUUCGCCAACUUCACCACCAUGUCUGAGCGCAAGAUCCGCAUCAUCAUGGCUGAGCCGCUGGAAAAGCCAUUAACAAAGUCACUGCAGAGGGGAGAAGAUCCUCAGUUCGACCAAUUGAUAAGCUCCAUGAGUUCUUUGGCUGAGUACUGUCUUCCUUCCAUCCUGCGCACUUUGUUUGACUGGUACAAAAGACAAAAUGGACUAGAGGAAGAGUUGCACGAGUACCGGCCAAGAGCCAACACAAAGUCCAAAAAUGAUGAGCAGCAGAAAGAUUUUUUACUUGAAAGGAGGGAUUUGGCCAUUGACUUCAUCUUCUCUCUUGUACUUAUAGAAGUUUUGAAACAGAUGCCGCUCCACCCGGUCCUUGACAGCUUGGUCAACGAAGUCAUUAACUUAGCCUUUAAGCACUUUAGAUACAAAGAGGGGUAUCAUGGUCCUAACACUGGCAACAUGCACACUGUAGCAGACCUCUAUGCUGAAGUCAUAGGAGUAUUGGCCCAAUCCAAGUUUCCUGCUGUGAAGAAGAAGUUUAUGACUGAGCUAAAGGAGCAGCGGCAGAAAGAGCAGAGUCCAUAUGUAGUCCAGAGUACUAUAAGCCUCAUCAUGGGGGUCAAGUUCUUCCGAAUUAAGAUGUAUCCCGUCGAGGAUUUUGAAGCCUCUUUUCAGUUCAUGCAGGAAUGUGCUCACUACUUCCUAGAAGUCAAAGACAAGGACAUCAAGCAUGCCUUGGCUGGUCUCUUUGUUGAGAUCUUGGUUCCUGUUGCAGCAGCUGUGAAGAAUGAGGUGAACGUUCCCUGUCUGCGGAACUUUGUGGACAGUUUGUACGACACAACCCUGGACCUAUCCUCCAGAAAGAAGCACUCGCUGGCCUUUUACCCGCUGGUGACGUGCCUGCUGUGCGUCAGCCAGAAACAGUUCUUCCUCAACAGAUGGCAUGUCUUCCUUAACAACUGCCUCUCAAAUCUGAAGAGUAGAGACCCUAAAAUGGCACGCGUUGCACUGGAGUCCCUGUAUCGUCUGUUGUGGGUCUACAUGAUCAGAAUCAAGUGUGAGAGCAACACUGCAACACAGGGCCGCCUCAACACUAUUGUGACAACACUGUUUCCCAAAGGAUCACGCAGUGUGGUACCAAGAGACAUGCCUCUCAAUAUCUUUGUCAAAAUCAUCCAGUUUAUUGCACAGGAAAGACUUGAUUUUGCCAUGAAAGAAAUUAUCUAUGACCUUCUUUGUGUUGGGAAACCUGCAAAAGCCUUUAGUCUUAAUCCAGAGAGAAUGAAUAUUGGUUUGAGAGCAUUCCUGGUCAUAGCCGAUAAACUGCAGCAGAAGGACGGCGAACCUGCUAUGCCUAACACUGGUUGCACUUUGCCCUCUGGGAACACACUCAGAGUGAAGAAGACAUACCUGAGCAAAACGCUGACAGAUGAAGAGGCCAAAGUCAUCGGGAUGUCACAGUAUUAUUAUCAUGUGCGUAAAGCUAUUGACAACAUCCUCAGACACCUGGAUAAGGAGGUGGGACGCUGCAUGAUGAUGACUAAUGCUCAGAUGUUGAACAAGGAGCCUGAGGACAUGAUCACAGGUGAAAGGAAACCGAAGAUCGACUUGUUCAGGACAUGUGUUGCUGCCAUUCCUCGCAUCCUGCCUGAUGGGAUGUCAAAGCCAGAGCUCAUAGACCUGCUUUCUCGAUUGACAAUUCACAUGGAUGAUGAGUUACGACUCAUAGCUCAGAAUUCAUUACAAAGUCUGCUGGUGGAUUUCUCUGACUGGCGUGACGACGUCCUGUUUGGAUUCACUAACUUCCUGUUGCGUGAGGUCCAAGACACCCACCAGGGGCUGUUAGAUACUUCCCUCAAAUUACUGCUGCAACUGCUCACACAGUGGAAACUCACCCUGGCAGUCCCAGGAAAGAGCUGUGACACUGCUAAGAUACACACUGCAGAGCUGCUGCAAACAAGUUCAAAUCUGAAGAUGCCUGCAGAGCGAGGUCCUCACUCCACAGUGCUGCAUGCUGUUGAGGGCCUGGCGCUUGUUCUGCUCUGUUCUUGUCAGCUGAGCACCCGCAGACUGGCUAUCGCCAUACUCAAGGAGAUACGUAGUCUCUUUAUGACCAUCGGACAGUCUGAAGAUGAUGAUAAAGCAAUGAUUGAGAUUAUGGACCAGCUCAGUCCUGUAAUCCUGGAGAGUUUUGUCAACGUUGCAGUCUCUGACACGGCCGCCAUGCAAGCUGGUCACCAUGUGGACCUUCAGUGGCUUGUGGAGUGGAAUGCACUGCUCGUCAACAGUCAUUAUGACAUUAGGAGCCCUUCACAUGUGUGGAUCUUUGCCCAGUCUGUGAAGGACCCCUGGGUGCUGUGUGUAUACAGCCUCCUCCGACAGGACAACCUGCCCAAGCACUGUCCAACAGCUCUGAGCUACGCCUGGCCCUACGCCUUCACUCGAAUGCAGAUGCUCAUGCCCCUGGUAGAUCCAAAUAACCCCGUGUAUGCGAAGAAAACCAGCACCUCUGGCAGUGGAGACAAUUACGUAACCCUGUGGAGAAACUACCUGAUCCUUUGCUUUGGGGUGGCCAAGCCCAGUAUCAUGAGCCCCGGCCAUCUGAGAGCAUCGACACCUGAGAUCACAGCCGCCACACCCGACAGCGGUGUCAGCUACGAUAACAAGGUUAUCGGGAGCCCAUCUGUGGCUUGGCUUCUGAAGCAGUUGGUUCCACUGAUGAGGGCAGAGAGCAUUGAGUUGACAGAAUCAUUAGUUCUGGGCUUUGGUCGUACCAAUUCCCUUGUUUUCAGGGAACUUGUGGAGGAGCUACAUCCAUUAAUGAAAGAAGCAUUGGAAAGAAGACCUGAGAACAAGAAGCGGCGUGAGCGACGAGACCUCCUGAGACUGCAGCUGCUGCGGAUCUUUGAGCUGCUUGCUGAUGCAGGUGUCAUCAGUGACAGUACAAACGGAGCUCUGGAACGUGACACCCUCGCUCUGGGCGCUCUGUUCUUGGAGUAUGUGGAUCUAACCCGGAUGCUUCUGGAAGCUGAGAAUGACAAAGAUGCAGAGAUCCUGAAGGACAUCCGAGCUCACUUCAGUGCCAUGGUGGCCAAUCUCAUCCAAUGUGUACCAGUGCACCACAGGCGCUUCCUUUUUCCACAGCAGAGCCUGCGGCAUCACCUCUUCAUCCUCUUCAGUCAGUGGGCCGGCCCUUUCAGUAUCAUGUUCACACCUCUGGACCGCUACAGUGACAGGAAUCACCAAAUCACAAGAUAUCAAUACUGUGCCCUGAAGGCCAUGUCUGCUGUGCUGUGCUGCGGGCCUGUGUUUGAUAACGUUGGCCUUUCUCCAGAUGGGUACCUCUAUAAGUGGCUAGAUAAUAUACUAGCCUGCCAGGAUCAGCGGGUCCACCAGCUUGGCUGUGAAGUAGUCAUCCUGCUCCUGGAGCUCAAUGCCGACCAGGUCAACCUUUUCAACUGGGCUGUGGAUCGCUGCUACACAGGCUCCUACCAGCUUGCCUCAGGCUGCUUCAAAGCCAUUGCUACAGUCUGUGGCAGCAGAAACUACCCAAGUGAUAUAGUGACAUUACUAAAUCUGGUGCUCUUCAAGGCAUCAGACACCAACAGAGAAAUCUAUGAGAUUUCAAUGCAGCUAAUGCAGAUUCUUGAAGCUAAGUUGUUCGUAUACUCCAAGAGGAUUGCAGAGCAGAAGCCAAACAAUAUCCUUUAUGGAACCCAUGGUCCACUGCCACCUCUAUACAGUGUCUCCCUGCCCCAGCUCUCCAGCCAGCUGGCCAGGAUGUACCCUGAACUCACAUUUCCUCUCUUCUCAGAGGUUAGCCAGAGGUUCCCCACCACCCAUCCCAAUGGGAGGCAAAUCAUGCUGACCUACCUCCUGCCCUGGCUUGGUAACAUCGAGCUGGUGGAUAGCGGCUUGCUGCUCCCGGUCUUCACACCGUGCACUUCAGAUUAUGCCGCUUCUAGUCGGGCGACCAGCACAGCUUCAUCCCACCAACUGAAGGGCACUGGCUGGGGCUCCCUACAAGCCACAUCUAUGGUUCUCAAUAAUCUCAUGUUCAUGACCGCCAAGUAUGGAGAUGACUUACCUGGACUAGAGAUGGAAAACGCCUGGAAUGCUUUAGUCAGCAACGAGAAGUGGAGCAACAAUCUGAGAACUGCCCUGCAAUUUCUCAUCAGCCUGUGUGGUGUCAGCAGUGACACCUCCCUCCUGCCAUAUAUAAAGAAGGUGGUGAUCUAUCUGUGUCGAAACAACACUAUGCAAACCAUGGAGGAGUUGAUAUUUGAGUUACAACAAACAGAUCCUGUCAACCCUGUGGUGCAGCACUGUGAUAGUCCUCCUUUCUAUCGCUUCACUGCCACAAGCAAGGCCUCCACAGCAGCCUCAGGCACCACAUCGAGCAGCAAUACUGUUGUAGCAGGCCAGGAGAGCUUUCCUGACUCAGAUGAUACCAAGACAGCAAAGGAGAACGAGGAGAGGCUUAACCACAUAAUGCGAACACACAACCGCCUGGAAUCACGCUACAGCAACAGCUCAGGUGGAUCUUACGAUGAAGAUAAGAAUGAACCUCUUCCUCCCUAUGCUGAUUGGCUUAUGGUCGUGGUUGAAACCAACCAGCCUCAUCCUCUGCCCAUGCCUGUAAAUGGAGGAUGUUGGGCUCCACUGGUGGACUUUUUGCCUGAGACCAUCAUUCCCAGAGGACCACUACACAGGUGUAAUAUAGCAGUCAUCUUUAUGACAGAGAUGGUAGUGGACCACAGUGUGAGAGAGGAUUGGGCCAUGCACCUCCCUUUACUGCUACACGCCCUGUUUUUGGGCAUGGAUCACUACCGUCCUGAAGUGUUUGAGCACAGCAAACGUCUCCUCCUCCACCUGCUCAUCACACUAUCCUGUAACAACAACUUCCAGGCCAUCGCCUCAGUCCUACUGCAGACACGAGAAAUGAAUGGCACCAAGACCCUCACAUGCAAACCAAACCUUCAGUCAGAGUAUUCACCUACAGGAGGUUUUGACUUCCUACGGGAGUGCCAGGCGUCUCCUGUGCCAGACUCUGGUCUGAGUUCUUCUUCUACAUCGUCCAGUCUGAGCCUGGGGGGCAGCAGCAACAACCUGCCCGAGAUCUCACAGGAGAUGGAGGAACUUGCCUCCAAUAAAAUGGACGAGAAGACUAACAAGCUCAUAGAGUUUUUAACCACAAGAGCGUAUGGACCACUCUGGUGCCAUGAAGACAUUUCAGCAAAGAAUCAAAUUUCAAAAAGCACUGGGCAGCUGACGAACUUCCUGCGACAUGUGGUAUCUGUGUUCAAAGAAUCCAAAUCAGAUUUCCACCUGGAGCAGCAACUCAGUGACGUGGCGCUGCAGACAGCCUUGUGUAGUUCAUCGCGUCACUAUGCUGGCCGCUCCUUCCAGGUGUUUCGAGCCCUCCGUCAGCCCAUCUCUGCCCGCGGUGUGUCCGACCUGCUCUCUAGGCUGGUGGAAGUAGUCGGAGAACAUGGAGAAGAAGUGCAGGGCUAUGUAAUGGAAGUCUUACUUACUCUAGAAUCUGUGGUGGAUAACUUGGCUGAAUGUCUCAAGAACAAUGACCUCAUGGCUAUCUUGACAAGAGCAUCAUCUCCAGAUUUCCUCACCAGUUUAAAGCUGAUGUCCAACAGGAAAAGCACAGGGCAGCUCAACCUCAGAAGGGAAGAGAGGAGCCGACAUCAGAGAAGCUCCUCUGUCCCCAAGAAGUUUGGUGAGGCGGAUAGGUGGUCUGAUCCACCACGCAGCGCAACACUGGACCGUAUUCAAGCCUGUGAGCAGCAGGCUUUGUUAGCCAAAACCCGCAGCACUUCCUCAUCUAAAGACAACAUCACUGACCCAACCAACAUCAACCAUCCCAGUAACCUGCUGGCCACCAUCUUCUGGGUGGCGGUGUCACUGAUGGAGUCAGACUUUGAAUUUGAGUAUCAGAUGUCUUUGAGACUCUUGAAUAAGCUGCUGAGCCACUUGUCGUUGGACAAACAGGAGAACAGGGAGAAGCUUGAGAAACUGCAGAGCCAGCUGAAAUGGAGCAGCUUCACUGGGCUCCAGCAGCUGUUACUGAAGGGCUUCACCUCCCUGUCCACCACUGACCUCACACUUCAGCUCUUCUGGCAACUCACGCCUGUGUCACGAGUGCCUGUCGUUGACACUUCACAAGCUAUCGGAUUUCCUUUGAAUGUUCUCUGCCUGCUCCCACAUCUCGUGCAGAACUUUGAUGGUCCCACGCAUUUCUGUCAAGAUGUUGCUGAGAAGAUAGCCCAGGUUUGCCUUGAGGAGAAGAACGCCAAGCUCUCCAACCUUGCUCAUGUCAUGACUCUGUAUAAGACACACUCUUACACACGAGACUGCUUCUCUUGGGUCAAUGUAGUGUGUCGAUAUCUUCACGAAGCCUUCUCAGAUAUCACUCUCAGCCUGGUCACUUACAUGGCAGAGCUGUUGGAGAAAGGCCUCCCCACUAUGCAGCAGACCCUUUUACAAAUCAUCUACAGCCUCAUGAGUCACAUGGACCUGAGUGGAAUUCAAGCCAAACCCUUCAACAUGGAGGUCCUCAAGACAAUUGAGAAAUUUGUCCAGACUGUCCAUUGGAGGGAAGCACUAAAUAUUCUGAAACUGGUGGUUUCUCGAUCGGCCAGCUUGGUGCAGCCUUCCUCCCCACAAAGUGACCUCUCCUAUGAGGACAUCAGCCGUGUCUGGGACCGGUCCUCUAAGGCCUUGCCUGGGAAAACACUGGAUUUCCAUUUUGACAUAUCUGAGACACCGGUGAUUGGUCGGCGUUACGAUGACCUGCAGGGCUCUCCAGGCCAAGAUGGGAAAAGCAGAACCACAACAGUGACUCGCAGUACCUCCUCUACCUCCUCCGGAUCCACCUCCAACAACGUCCUAGUGCCAGUCAGCUGGAAGAGGCCACAAUCCUCACAGAAAAGAACACGAGAGAAAUUGGUAAAUGUGUUAUCUUUGUGUGGACAAGAAGUGGGGUUAACAAAAAAUCCUUCGGUGAUUUUCUCCAGUUGUGGGGAGCUAGACCUCAUGGAGCACCAGCCUAGCCAGGUGUCCUCUGAUGAUGGGACCCGAGACCCCGACAACAUGGACGACACCACGUCAGAGCAGCAGUUCAGAGUCUUCAGGGACUUUGACUUCCUGGAUGUGGAGCUUGAAGAUGGAGAGGGAGAGACCAUGGAUAACUUUAACUGGGGUGUGCGUAGACGCUCCAUGGACAGUCUAGACCGAAGUGACCUGCAGGCCCUGGAGGAGAGCCAGCUGUCCAUCAGCAUGCCCAGCCUCAGCAAGAUCACCCAUGAAUACUCAGACGAGUCGUCUGAGGAGGAUUCCCUCACUGCCAGCCAGAUACUCUCCCACUCACAGCUUAUUGUCAGCCUCUCUCCAACAACAGAGAUCAAUAGUAUGGACUCUCCCUCCUCCUUUUGCAAUACAACUUCAGCUGAUUCAACUCCGCUGAACACCAAAAAUCCUAGCUUCGAGGCCCAACUGCCAGAGGACUCGAAGCAGCGGAAUGACUCAUCACAAGAAGACGAAGAUUUAAAUGUCCGUGAAGAUGACAUCUCUCUCUCCAUCCAUGAACUUCCCUGUGAUUUUCACUGUGGUGACAGUUUGACCCUGGACAUUGUUCACAGUGAUUACAAAGGAGAACUGGACCUUGACAGCUGCUUACGCAGCCUUGCGGAGGAGGAGAGAGAUGACAUGCUAGAGUCCCGUUCUUCCCCGCCACCAUCACCCUUCUUCUCAGCCAUCCUCGCAGCUUUCCAGCCGGUGGUAUGCGACGAUGCAGAAGAGGCUUGGCGACGUCACAUUAACCAGCUUGUGUCUGACUCAGAUGGAGCCUGUGUAGUCUAUACUUUCCAAGUGUUUUCUUCAUUAUUUCAGAGUAUCCAGACCAAAUUUUGUUCCCUGACAUGUGAUGCUGUGACUUACCUCAGUGACGGACUAAGAGGAUUGGGUUCAAAGUUUCUGAGGUCUUCUCAAAUGCUGACAUCAUGCUCAGAGUGUCCAACACUAUUUAUCGAUGCAGACACAAUUAUGUCUUGUGGACUCCUGGAAAAAAUGAAAUUCAGUGUGUUGGAACUUCAAGAGUAUCUUGAUACUUACAACAACAAAAAGGAUGCAGUUCUCACCUGGUUGAGCAACUGUAAGACCACCUUUCCCAAGAGUCCUGGGGGCACAGUGAUAACAUGUCAACCAGCAGAGCAUGAGGAAAAGCAACUGGAGCUCUGUCAAAGACUCUACAAACUCCACUUUCAGCUGUUGCUGCUUUUUCAGUCCUACUGUAAACUGAUUGAACAGGUCCAUGCAAUAAGCUCUAUUCCCGGGCUGACAAAUAUGUCCAGAGAGCUCAAUGAGUUGAAGAGUAACCUGAGAGUAGCAGCAGCCUCAGUGACGAAUGAUGAGAUUUCUGCCCGUGAAAGCUUUUGCUCUGAGCCCACCUUCAGUUCUUCCGAGGCCGCUGUGCAGGCCAUUCUCGAGGGUUUGAAGAACAACGAGUUUCCGUCAGCCAUCCGCAAUAUUCGGGAGUGCAGAAAAAUGUGGCCUAAUGACAUCUUUGGAAGCCACUCUGAGUACGAGGUCCAGACCUUACUGAACAUCUUCUUCAGGCAUCAAACCUUGGGUCAGACAGGAACGUUUGCUCUGGUGGGCUCAAAGCAGGACUUAACAGAAAUCUCUGUCAAGUUGAUGGAACUUAAUGGAGAGAUUCGGGACAUGAUCCGGCGAGCUCAGGGCUAUCGAGCCAUCACAGCUUUCCUACCAGACUCCAGGCUUUCAGGCUCAACUCUUUGAUGGCAGACUAGCAGUGUGUGACACCCGUCCCUGCAUAAUACCUUGUCCCAUGCCUCGCCUCUGGUCCCAUCUGAGGUUGCUGCUAUCAUCUCAGUGGUUUACGAGCUCUCACCUGGGAAUAACAAAGCCUCCCUUUCUCUUCUAGCUCAGAGUACAUCCGAUUGUCAUCAAAUAUGAUCUUUAGACGUGCAGCAAUACUGUUGUUUUGUAAAGAGAUCAAAUAAGUUGCUCUUGCAAAGAAAUAUAGGCUUUUAUUGCACUAAUAAUAGAUGUCACAAAGCGACCACUUGCUACUGAGGUCAGCAACUUUCACAUUUAACAAAUGACAUACCAAAGUUAAGUGAUUCAGUUAUGUUGUUUUAAUUGUCAAGGGAAAAUGUGCAAUCCUUCACGGAAGUGGAAGACUUUUACUGUAUCCUCCUGAAAGAAUGUAUUUGAAUAUCAUAGCAUUGGAAAACAAACAUUGUUAGUACAGAAAAAGGGAGGCUUCAUUAUUUGCUUAAAGUUGUGUGAGUGCGUUUGUGUAUGUGCGUGUGUGUGCGCAUUUGAGUGUGGGUAUGGGUGUGGUGUGUGUGUGCUCGAGUGUGUGAUUUAAACCUGACGACCAUCAUACUGUAGAUGGAAUUAUGGAUACUGAUUUAUAUAUUGUUCACAUUUAACUACUUCGACAUGCUGCAAAUCUACUGUAAUGUCUCCCAGACCUACAUACAUUGCUGCUGUGUGGGUUAUCUGUUACUUAAAACAUCUUACUGUACCUUUUAACUGUGCAGCUUCUAGCAAAUAGACAAAUUAUUUAUAUUAUUUUCAAGAGAAAAACAUGCUUUUAUCAGACUAAACAAAUAUUUUGUUUCAUCUGUUAAAUCUGCCAAGCUUGCAAAUUAUAUGUAUUAUAACUGUAGUAAUAAUGUUUAUGAACAAACAAAUAUUUUAAAUGAAUUAUUGUACAUAGUCCAGUGGGGGCUUUACUCAGACUCAUAGGAUUGUAUUUUUAUGAAUUUACAAUUUGAGUUGCAUCCAGAAUGAAAGAGAUAGCUACAUAUUUGUAAAGCUUCCCAGAAGAACUGUUGGUGUAGCCUCUCGCCUUGUAAAUACUGCUGCCUUUGCAAUGUACUGUACUUCUGUACUUUGGUGUUCUGUACACGUAUGUAACAAUACAAAUAAAACUUGCAUUUGUUAAA